AUGGCCUCCGUUUCUCCGCUGUUCCUUGUCUGCAUUGUCUUUACAUUCUGGACAGCAAAAUGCUAUGGCCAUUUUGUCUCCGCUUUGAAAACUAACAUCGACGUUGACAUUCUCUGCGUGAAAGGAGCAUACAGCAAGCACUGGGUUGUCUCCUACCUCCGGGCAAACUUUAAGAGUCGGACCUGGUGCGGUGACUGGCAUCAGUACCUCGAUCUUUUGAACGCGAGCACGACCUACAAUCGAGAGACCUUAGUCGUCUUGCCAAGUAAUGUUCUCAGACGAAGCCAUCUUAUUAGACUCAUGUCUGCGAAAGUUUACGAUUAUCCUCUUACUACGUGGAUUCUAAUCACAAGUCGCGGGAAUCCUCUCGAAGUCGAGACGUGGCCUCCUGAACUCCUGUGCCGAGUAGUGGUUGUUUGGCAACACGCCGCCUCGGUCGCCAAAGACCGCUUCUGGAACUGCAAGUUGCGGCGCACGAUCGGCCGGAGACAAUUGUUGAAGAACCUCUUGCGGGAAAAGAAUCGACGGCCCGAAUUUAAGAAGAUAGCCUCAAGGCCGCUCAAGCUGGGCUGCACGUCCCACGGCGGGCCCAACGCCACAUGUCGGUAUAAGCCGAUGACCCUCAUGAAGAAAGUUCUCAAGGUCCUGAAUGUCACCUUCGAGACGGUUAGCGUCGCGGAUCACAAGUGGAUGGACGAGCUCAUGUACAAGCGCUUCGACGUGUUAGACGCUAACAUCGUUUUUUCGGAGUACCGGCGAGCUCAUGUCUUUUAUCCCGCGUACCUGUACCACAACGAGGCGGUGUACUACGUUGGAGCGACGGCAACCAUGCACAACAGCCUACACCUCAACUCGUCUUUUGCCGAGUUUCUGGCGUUCCUCGUGGCCACCGCUGUGGUCUGCCUGGCGUGUUUCUGCUUCAUCAACUACCGUCACCGUCGGCCCCUGAGACAGGACAUCGGAGGCAUCGGCAUGGUCCUCGUAGCAGCGGUGCUCGGCUUUCCUUACCCGGUUCCCGGUUCGUUCGAUAGAUCCACGUUCGGUCGCACCGUCCUUUUCUACUGGUUACUAGGCGGGACGUCCUUGGCCAUCUUCUUCCAAAGUCUUCUGACGUCCAGCGCCAGCUACGGGGUCUACUGGGAAGCCGACAACACGCACGAGAAACUGGUCCCAGAUCUCGUGGCCGGAGCUGUGUCGGUGUGCGUGGAACGACCGUUCUUUCACGGGUCCUUGUUGGAGCAGAGGGUCAACGACUCGGACUUCCUGGGACACAUGGCCAGGGCCUUCAGGCGAAACCCAACCAAUAUGGAGACCGCGGACAAGUGCUUCAACCUCGCGACGAAAAGGACCCACGUGUUCCUCACGUCUGAGCACAGCCCCUGCAAUUUGAAGAUGUACGGGGAGAGGAUCGUUCGUGGAAAGGAGACCAUGCAUCCGACGUUCGGCAGCACUCCCGUGAGAAAAGACUUCCCGCUGAGGGCCGAGUUCAUGGCACUCAACCGGAGGCUCGUCGAGACCGGUCUGAGGAAGCACCACGCCGCCUGGGAGAAAGGCGACUGCUCUUUUGUCGAGCAGGCUGACGAGUCGGAGGUUCCUCUGGACGUGAGAGGCUUCAUCACCUUGUAUCUGGCCGGCUGCACGGCGGCGCUAGUGGUUCUUGUGCUCGAGUGGGUGACCAGGCUGGCGCACCUUUGAUG